CUUCAAUCAAUGCCCUUUGUUCAAGAUGUCAUGGGGCAACACAAAAAACAUCAAGGCUACUAAUUGACAUGUUACAUCCCAACUUGGUUUUCCUUACUUUUUACGCCAUCUAUGCCUGAGAACGAGAAUUUAAACAUUUCAUAUGAAAAGACAAUUCCUAAAAUAGCAACAGAGUGCAUUUAGAAAUGUUUUCAUGCAGUGCCAACUUACAAAAUUUGGAACAGAACGAUCAAGGAUCAAAUUGCGACACUGAUGAGAUCUAGGGUUUCAGGUUGUUGUUUGCACUCACAAGUAUCACGCAACUCUGGAGUGGAAAAUGGAGAUGUCACAUUCCAUCACAUACAGAAAAGAGUGGAGGACUGGAGGUUUUCAACUCUACUGCCUUGAAGUAAAGAGGUGUUCAAAGCGCAUGCAUAAGCUUAUCCAAGGGAAGCAAAUGUCACAAUGAAGAAGGCAACUUGACAUGUAUUUGUGAUAGAAGGAGCCUUUGUGACUAAGAAUGAAAAGAAUCUGAAAAUAACUUGAUGGCACAAGUCAAAUAAAGCUUAGCAGCUAUACAUGUGUAUUCAGAACUGUUUUCUAAAGAUGGGCUGACUAGAAAAGUUCUCAAACCCAAAGGCAAAAGGAGAGAAAUUCACAUCAAGGCUGAACGUAGUGAGUGGAGAACAGAUUUGGUAGAGCCGGGGUUCCUCGUUGAUGGCCAUGAUCAGUUCACCUGGCCUUGUCAAGUAUCUUUUUGUUUUUCAAGUGGUCCGUAUAGCAAUGAUGUCAAAUACUGCCAUCGUAUCAGAGAUUUAAAUAAAAGUACUUAUCAUUUCAAGAACGGUGCCUAGACUUUCUUUUGUUUUUCGUUGCUCGACAAUUAAAGGCCAUUAAACGUGAGGUUAUAUAAUGACUGUGAUUAUAUAACCGCUGUUGAACUGAUGAGCAGAUUCAUUUUACGAGUUUUUCAUGGAAUUCUUGAUUAACGUUUUAGGUCAUUUCUAUUAGCCACCUUUAUUGCCUAGGUUCACGUCACAACAGCAUGUUUUCCGGCAAAUUCUUGAGGUUUAAUAUUCAAGAUCCAUCCGGUGAAUCAUGUACUCUAAAAGCCAAGCAUCUUCGACGGUUUUUACGGUGACUUGUUAGUAAUUCCACCGAUUUUAAUUCGCAGCGUUUAGUUUUAUACUCCAAAAUACACGCAAAACCAACUUUCUCCCCAGAUACAAGUUUGUCGACCACAAGAACAUAACGGUGUGACUUCUGUCAGACUGGCUGGGCUGAGCCGGAUCAAUGUCCGUUGAAACCGGUCUUGUGUAAAAUGAGCUGAUGGGACCGAUCCUCUGUAAUCAGACGAAGUAUCAGAGGCAGUUCUACCAUCCAGUUUUGGAAAGUGAAAGAAUUAAGAACUAGUGAGAUAAAGCACGUUUCUUUUCAUGUGACUCAUGAAAAAGGAACUCUAAGCGGAUGUUAGUUUUGAGUUCCGUUUUACGCGAAUAAAAUAUUUUUAAGUGGAAUUGAAUCGAAUAUUCACAGCCAGCGACAAGUGUUCAGUAAAGGAUCGACGAUGAAACAUUUUUUCCGCGGCUUCCGCUGUAAUUUCCAUCCAUUAUCCUUGAACUAAAUGACAUACUGUAUCACUGUAUUAUUUCAAUUUUUUCCCAAAUUGCAAUUCUCUUCCAGAUCCUCGCCAUGGUUAAUCGUUGUUACUUCUUAAUGGUUCCCUUUAUCUGGGGGGCACUGUUCCGGCCAAGUCGAACCUUUGUUUUUGGUUCAGUUGUGAUUCAAUCAGUUAUAUUUUAAAGCUCCGUUGGUGCACGUACAUGUACCAGAUCCGAAACAAAGGGCCGAACCUUUAUCUGAACCGAUCCAGUUAUUGCUGCAGUCACUAUAGGAAAAACGGUGUCGUUCUGUUACCCAACCAAAGUGCCUUGGUCUUUUUGACAUUGAGUUUUAAACCAGAAACUGGCGCAAAGUCGUUAACUAAACAGAGAGCUUUGUCAACAGAGGUAAUAUCUUCGCAAAAGUGAUUAGUAUCAUCUGCCAAUUGGCUCACUUUAACUUCAUUAUGUCGCUAUAGAAAAUGUGUUUUACUCGACGGUGAUUGGCUAAAGUAAUCGAUAACUCAACAGUGUUCCGAGAUGUGAUUGGUUCUCCCUGUCUUCGCUGUCAAUGUUGAAACUGUAGGACAGAAAAUGUCAAAUCUUUGGAAACCACGUUCUCCAAAUUGAUGCAUUACCGUUUCGCUACCGUAGUUCACGAGACAUUACAGAGGCGUGGUUAGAGUAGUGAGUCCAUGUUGUAGCCUGUGAACAAGCUCCAGCCAAAGCUGGAAAGACUGAGUUGGAACUGCCCGCUGAGAGUGAAGUAGAGAGCCUGUUCACAGGCUAUUCCAUGUUGUAGCUUACUAGUCUACCCAUGCAUAGUCAGUUCAAAAAUUCCUACGCAUUAUGAGUAAAACAUAAACAGCGUGGUGAUACUGUUGCAAUGCUCGAUAGCUUGCAAAUCAAUUGUCGACACAAAAGUUAUUUAAUAUUAAUCAUGUUACGCCGUUAUUAAUGGGAGACAAUUUUUUUUUUCAUACUUACUAAGAUAAGCACUUACGCCAUGAUGGAGAGAAACAAGGACUAAGAUCUAGAGCUACCGCUGAAUAGUCAAAACUAAAGAGAAGACAAUGGAAUUAGCGUCAAAAUCUAUCUAAUUAUUUUGUAACGAAUUCACGGGAAGUAGAAGUUGUUUGUUAUUUUACUGAAGUUGUUCAUGAAUGCAUGCAUGACACACAAAACAUCCGUCUUGUUUUAAGGGACUAUCGGGCACAUAACAAAGGCAAAACGGCACAUGCGACUUUAUAUAGCAGAUAGCACGGAAUUGUGUCUUGGGAUCUCAAUGAAUAGGAACUCUUAUAAGGUAGCGACUGUUAAACCAGCUCACAACUUGUUUAUGUUCUGUCGGCAAGUUCUUCCCGUUUCAGUUUGCGGCUGACCUUGAAAAAUGUACCCCAAGGGGUACCAUAAUGUGCAACAAACCCUGAAAGUUUUUAAAAUGAAGCACUCCAAACCUUUUCAAAACACAAGUCCCAACCCAUUUUCGAUACAACUUAUAUAUUCCGCCGAUGCUGUAUAGAGAUAGCUCCUGAAGAGAGAAAUUCUCCCCAUACUAAUCAGUUUUCCUUUUAUGUUUUUUUUUUACAGUGACGUUCUUGCCUUUUGUCAAUUAUCCCCCUAAACGCAGUAAACCCAAACAAAAAAUCCACAGAUUAAUCAAUGGAGUUUAGACUAAUUGGCAGAAAAACAAAUCACAAAUCUUGCGUUUUCGCACCUGAGAACGAUCGCUUUCCGACCGCAAAUUAAGUAUUUAUAGGGUGUCGGCACAUCAAGGCGAAAAUUGUUUUGCGAGGCAAGAUUAUAUAGAAUUGUUUUGCACCCGAUACAAAACAGUUUUGAGAACAUGGCUUGGGCGUGAAAUUUAAUCAUCCGAGGAAUGAAACACACACUUUUGGGAAAGGUGAAGGGUAGUAUUCUUAUCGGUUGGUUUGCAAGCAUUCUUGUGUUCAAGUCUUCAGCGGCCUCAGAUCCAGUAUACAUAACAAAGUGGGCAGACUUUCUUUCCUCUCCCGGCUACCCUGACUCCUAUCCAGCAAACUCCAGUCUUACAUGGAUCAAAUCUGUGUCUCAGGGAAAUAGAGUGAGGAUAAUCAUUUCAACUCUACAGACAACAUGUGACACAGACUACCUAGAGAUCAGAGAUGGAGACAGCAUGACGUCCCCGCUGAUUGCGAGGUAUUGUGGGGACGUAGGGUAUACGGAGCUCACUUCAUCCGGGUCUCGCGUUUUAAUACACUUUGUCUCUGAUGACGUCAUCGACGAGCUCAAACGAGGCUUUCAGUUACAGCACAUUGGAGACUGUCAAGUUGAUACCAAUCAAACCAGUGGAGUCAUAACCUCGCCCAAUUACCCAAACGACUAUCCAAACUUUAUGGAAUGUCUGUGGACGAUACAACUCCACCCCGCCAUGCAAAUCACACUUGAAUGUGACGAAAUCGCCUUGGAAUACGAGAAAGAUUGCUUUUUUGACUACAUGGAGAUACUGGCGGGCCCUUCAGCCGCCUCCGCGGUGUUGGGAAGAUAUUGCGGUGUUUUAAAUUAUUCUCUGACAUUUGAACGAGAAGGUAACAUGAGCAUACGUUUUGUGUCGGAUCCGGAUAAAGAAUUUGGUGGAUUCCAUUGUGCCUACAACGUCUUUAAAGUCAGAGGAUAUUGGUCACAGUGGACAAGUUGGACCCAAAUGUGUCGCUCCGGAAACCAGGCUAGAUCCAGGACUUGCGUAAAUCCUCUGCCUGAGAGUGGAUUGGAACCGUUCUGUGAUGACGUGGCAGACACUGAGAGGCGGAGCUGUUUGGGAUCCAAUGGCAGCUUGUGGACGGGAUCCAACUCUUCCAGUGCUUCACCGAUGUCAACCAUUGCCAUGCCAUCUACUCUUUCUAGUGGC